AUGGCAUAUGCGGGGGACGAAGAUGUCCCAGAUGAGAAGAAAGCACCUACAAGUACUGCCUUGGUGCGCGAGGUGUCUUUGGUCGCCCUUCGUCAGUGGCUCCGCGUGCCCGGCAGCGACGUGGAGAAGGCGUUGCGCCGCGCCAUGCGCGCGCGACAUGCGGAGCUCAACCAGGCCACGCGCGCAGCGAUCGCACAGCGGGUGCUGGGCAUAGCGGUUUUCUAUGGACGCUUAGGGCACCUGUUGGAUAGAGCGUUCCGUAGAAACCAGGGAAAUAUUGAUCCUGAGAUUGAAGCGGAAAUGCUUCUGGAACUCUAUGUUGGUCGUGAGCUCCGAGAGGAAGGUGGUUUGACACUUUCGAAUCUUUCGAAUGGUUUGCAAGGUGGGCAAGGUGGGCAUGGUUGUUUGGAUGACGCGGUGGAGUGUAAGCUGCGAGAAGCUGUGAGAGCACCUCUUUUUGAGGCUGACGAGGAACCGCUGUUGGCAGUCCGCCUGGCUACUGCAUGGUCAUUGCCGCUGUGGAUGGCAGAGAGUUGGUUGCAGCAGUUUGGUCCACUCUCGGCAUUUCAACUGGGUCGUGCGAUGUGCCAACCAGCUCGAGUGACGUUGAGGGUCAACACCUUCAAAACCACACGUUUGAAGCUCAUGGAGCUGUUGGCAAACCAUGGUGUUCGCAGUGUUCCAACGGCCGAGAGUCCAGUAGGGCUUUGGUUGCCAGAUGGGCGUCCACCAGCUGGAGGGGUUUGGCAGCUGCCAGGAUAUUCCGAAGGACUUUUUGAAGUCCAAGAUGAGGGUUCGCAGCUCUUAGCCUUAGCGACUGAGGCCAAACCUGGGGACUUAGUGGUCGAUUACUGUGCGGGUCGUGGUGGAAAAACCUGGUUCUUGGCUUCCUUGGUGUCACCAAAUGGAUCGGUUUGUGCCUGGGACAUUGAAGAAGAUCUGCGGAAACAACUUCAAGGGGCCAGAGCCAAAAGGGCGUUGGGUGAGACCAAUCUACACUUACUGGAAGUGCCUCCGAGCAAGCCACACAAUUUACAUGCCGAUGUCGUCUUAGUGGAUGCACCAUGUUCCUCCUCUGGGGUCUUGAGAAGACAUCCCUCCCAACGCUGGGCGUUACGCCUCCAAGAAGUGUCAGAGAUCGCAGAUUUGCAGCUCAGCAUUUUGGAGGAAGCUUCCCAGCUUCUUCGCCCGGGAGGACGCUUGGUCUAUGCCACCUGCUCGUUGAUCCACUUGGAGAACCAAAGCGUUGUAGCUGGCUUUGAAGCGCUCCAACGGGGCUUUGUAAGAUGGCCAUUUCCAAGUGGCAGGCACUGCCGCACGCUGCUGCCGCACGUGGAAGGUACGGACGGCUUCUUCAUGGCCCGCUGGGAGAAAAAAAGUUGCGAAGACUUGAACUUUGCACCGUGUCAGUGGAUGAGCAUGGCAGACUUGGAGGAUAAUCUGGAUGAGGCAGAAAAAGCCUUCGAAAGCCAGUAUGAAAAAGUCGAGCCCUCCCUUCUUGGAGAAGGGACUUACGGCAAGGUCUUCAAGGCCAAAUCCAUUCGCACGGGGGAGCUGGUGGCCAUGAAACAGAUGAAGAUCGAGGGCUCGGAGGAUGGCAUGCCUAGUACGGCUCUUCGAGAGAUUGCUUUGCUCAAGGAGCUAAAAGAUCACCAAAAUAUUGUCAAGCUGAUCAAUAUUUUCUACAAGCCGAACAAGCUGGUCUUGGUCUUUGAGUUUGUUGAGAACGAUUUGAAGAACUAUUUGGAAAGCAGAGGAAAGUCAACCACUGUACCAUCGGAAGAAGACGAGGAACGCACAGAGGAUACAGAGGCUAUCUCAGAACUGACACAGGCCUUGACCUAA